GUUGCGUCUUUCACUAGAUCGUAAAUAUAAAAAAGUAGCAAAUUUACUUUUCAUUUAAACUUUAUUGAUAUCCCUAGUUCAUAUUUUUUCUGUAGUGUUUAACAUAGAUGUAAAUACGGAAAAGUUGUAAUCAUGAAAUUUCGUUACAGCCUAAACUCAGAUGUAAUUUAUAUUCCAUGUUACGUACAAUUGGUACUUUUUGGUCUCGUAUUUUGUACAACUACUAGUAUUAGUAAUAACAAAGUAGAUACUGUACGUAACCCUAAUCAAGUUGAUACUGGUAUGUUUUAUCAGUUUCAAAAUGCAUCUGAUACUAAUAGACCUAGAGGUACUAAUUUAUGGCAGAAACAGGUGAUAAUCCCUAAGAAUCCUGCUGUGUAUCGUUUAAAAAGACUGUCUGCAGAAGUUGUACUGGAUAAUUUUCAAAUAAACAGAGAUACAAUUAUUCGAACGCAAGAUUCCAGGGCAUUAGGAGCAAAGUAUUUAAACGAGACUGAACUCCCAACCAAUGAAGACUGUAUUUACUGGUGUUGGAAAGUGCCAAAAUGUAAUGUUGCAGUAUAUGAAGAGAAGACGAGGGGAAGCUGCUAUUUGUUUGACUGUGGCACCAAUGAUGACUUCCUUUGUAAAUUCACCAGUCAUGGUUAUUACACAAGUUCUAUCCUUCGCAUCAGCCAACAUCCCUAUGACUUAAGCCAAUGGGGAGCUCAAGUUAAGCAUGAACAUGAUUUGACAAAGCUACAAAAACCAACAAAAUCUCCUCAACUGUCCUCACAGAGUUCAGUGCCACCUGUUAAUGAUCCAGUUACAAAACAGGAAUCAGUACUAGAAAGUUCAUCUGUUGGUCUAUCAACAGCUUCUCCUUCAGAAAAGCAAAGCCUGGAUGGAAUUAAGAAUAGACAAAAAGGAACAAGUACAGAGUCUCAUUGUCGACACUACCAAUUUCAAUGCCACAAUUCAAGUGAAUGCAUUGCUAUUUAUAAUGUGUGUGAUGGAAUACCUCAGUGUAUGGAUGGUAGUGAUGAAGGAAAAGAUUUGCAAUGCCCUGGUCCAGGAGGAUGCCUCCAUGCUCCACCAGCAGCAGCUUGGAACUUUGCUUUACCCAUGAAGUCCAUGGGUUCUCAUCCAUCGGCAUUUUCUCAUAAACACAGCAAUUUUCUGGCAGCUAAUAGCAACUAUAAUCAUCUCAACUACCCCAAGCAAUGGUCAGUUUACUACAAUAAGCCAUAUGACCAGCAAAUUGAACAGCUGCCUCAACAGGAUCUUGAUUAUUCAAGAUACCAGAAUGGUUACUAUAAUCACCAUUAUCAUGGAGGUGGUCAAAAUAAUCAGGGCCUUGACCAGGGGCAGUACUGGUCAGGGGACAACAGUGGUCAGAACAUGGAACUAGGUUACCAGUUACCAGUAAGGGAAGGUGUACCUCAGCAACAAAGAGAACCUGUCUCACAAGACCAAGGGAUGCUGAUGUACCCACAGAGACCAUGGUUAGACAAUUCAAAUCCACAAAAGGCUCCUUACAUGCCAGGUGGUAAAAGUUAUCCACAAAAUAAUGACCAGCAUGUUGCUAAAGUUAUGGAUCAGUCUUCUCAGCCCCAAGUUCCAGCAUCAAAUUACAUUAAUGAACAUCCUUACAUUGUUUCUCAAGCUGAAUAUGAACAUCCAUCUCUUACCCAAUCUCAGGUAGAGCAGCAACAGCCAUACCUCAGACCUCAAGCCCAGCAACCUCUAGUGGAUUACCAAAGACCACCUAAUGUCCAGGGAGGACGUGACAGAAAUCAGAAUUUAAAGCAAAAUAAUCAAGGUUCACAAUCCCAGAAUGUUGGAAAUGAUCCAGUGUACCAACCGGUGGUGGCUGUUCCACACGAAAAGAUCAACCACCACCAGAAACUUCAGAAAGUUGUGACUACCAUGUCAGCAAUGCAUGAAGACAGCCUCUCAAGAUCUUCUCCUGCUCCAAAUAAGAAAACAGAACCUGAUAUGUCACAAGGUAAAAGUUCUCACAAAGAAAGAGAUCCUGUGAUUUCAGAAUAUAAAAUGACCUUAUCAGACUUGGAAGAAUCAAGCCGAACACAUGCCCAUCAGUCAAACAGUGCCGUGUUAGCUUUAACUCUGGGCCUCUGUAUCACUGCUUUAUUACUUGUCCUGGUAGGGUGUCGAAUGCGAACUAUUCGCAGACGUUUUGGUAAAAGAGGGCGUUCCUCCUUAGCCCAUGAUGCAGAUUACUUAGUGAAUGGCAUGUAUCUAUGACUGUUGAUACCCAAAAGACACAAGUUUAUCUUAACAAUAUAUCUUAUCUAAGUAUAGCUAACAGUAUAUAUGCUUUCUCAUGGUAGUCAGAAACCACACCAAGAAAUUCCUCUUUCUUGUAUUAAAAAAAUCAGUUAUUACUUUGUACAUGUUCACAAAAAUACAUCUACUUCAUAAUGAUGCAGAUAAUUUAUUUAUCAGUUCAUACAUACAAAAUUGCUUUUAUUCUGGAUUGUUUUUUCCCAUUGAUGUGUAAUGAAAUGCAUCUGUAGUUAUGAAAGUAAAUCUUGCUUGGAAUUGUUACAGUUUAUUAUUACUUUUGAAUAUUAGUAAAAAGCAUGUAGAAUAUUAGAAAUGAAAAAUAAUGAAACAUUUAUAAGAACUUAUUAUAUAGGCUGUACAUGUAUGUAAACUUCAUACUUGAUAAGAAAAGUAUCUCUUAUAAAACUGUAGUUAUAAUGUAAUCUGUAUAACAGUUCCCUAUGUAAUAUAACAUUACAUAAUUAGUUAAGUUACAUUAGUUUCUUUUAAUUUUCAUAUUUACCUUUGUUAUUACUUCUUUUUCUAAGUCUUAUUAUUAAUGUGAGCUUUAUUGACUUAUCAUAGUAUAUACAUUUUAUCUAGUACUUAGGAUAUAACUUUAUUAUUUCCAGCUGCCUACUUUGUAUGUGUUGUAAAGUGAUAUGGAUUAAUUAUGUAUGUUUAAUAUGCUAUUUUCCUUUUUAUUAAAUUUAACUUGGUUAUAUUUUAAUAGAAUCAACAUUUUAGUAUCUAUUGUAUGAUUCUGUUGUUCAUCUAAUUUUUGUAUUAUUAAUAGUACUAUUUUUGUCUUCAUAAACAUUAGUUUUUGCUGUACUAUCUGUACUGUUCUGCUAGUCAAAUCUAAAGCCAAACUGUAACAUGAGUUGUAGUAAUUUAUCUAAGAUAUUGAGCUAGUCUAAAGUGAUAUUAUUUGAGCCAUUUAGUGGGCUUUCAUUGGUUACAAGAUUUUGUUAAAGAAGAUUAUAUUAAGUAUUGCAUAUACUGAUGAGAUGUUCUUCAAGGAACAUGAAUUCUGCAGUAGUGCAUUAUGUAAACCACUACUACGUGAGGUGUAAGUAAUUCUAAGAACUUAUGAGUGAAAGCAAAGAAUAAUGUGUUAUAAUUUGUCAACCAUACUACACCUGCCAUAUCUAUAUCUACUUAUAUCCUUAACUUUAAUGUUACUUUCAUUAACAGUAUUGGUUUGAAUGUUUAAUAUUUUUAUUUCUUUAUAUUUUUACUAUAAGAAU